AUGACACAGGCCCCAACCAACCCCAACGCCCGCCAUCACACAGGAUCCAACCAUCCCCAACUCCCGCCAUCACACAGGAUCCAACCAACCCCAACACCCUCCAUCACACAGGAUCCAACCAACCCCAACUCCCUCCAUCACGCAGGAUCCAACCAACCCCAACUCUCUCCAUCACACAGGAUCCAACCAACCCCAACUCCCUCCAUCACGCAGGAUCCAACCAACCCCAACUCCCUCCAUCACACAGGCCUCAACCAACCCCAACUCCCUCCAUCACACAGGCCUCAACCAGCCCCAACUCUAUCCAUCACACAGGCCCCAGCCAACCAACUCCCUCCAUCACACAGGUCCCAUCCAACCUCAACGCCCUCCAUCACACAGGUCCCAUCCAACCUCAACGCCCUCCAUCACACAGGAUCCAACCAACCCCAACGCCCUCCAUCACACAGGAUCCAACUAACCCCAACUCCUUCCAUCACACAGACCCCAACCAACGCCCUCCAUCACACAGGAUCCAACCAACCCCAAUGCCCUCCAUCACACAGGAUCCAACCAACCCCAUCUCCCUCCAUCACACAGGAUCCAACCAACCCCAACGCCCUCCAUCACACAGGAUCCAACCAAACCCAAUGCCCUCCAUCACACAGGAUCCAACCAACCCCAUCGCCCUCCAUCACACAGGAUCCAACCAACCCCAACACCCUCCAUCACACAGGAUCCAACCAACCCCAACGCCCUCCAUCACACAGGAUCCAACCAAUCCCAACUCCCUCCAUCACACAGGAUCCAACAAACCCCAACACCCUCCAUCACACAGGAUCCAACCAACCCCAACUCCCUCCAUCACACAGGAUCCAACCAACCCCAACGCCCUCCAUCACACAGGCCUCAACCAGCCCCAACUCUAUCCAUCACACAGGCCCCAGCCAACCAACUCCCUCCAUCACACAGGUCCCAUCCAACCUCAACGCCCUCCAUCACACAGGUCCCAUCCAACCUCAACGCCCUCCAUCACACAGGAUCCAACCAACCCCAACGCCCUCCAUCACACAGGAUCCAACUAACCCCAACUCCUUCCAUCACACAGACCCCAACCAACGCCCUCCAUCACACAGGAUCCAACCAACCCCAAUGCCCUCCAUCACACAGGAUCCAACCAACCCCAUCUCCCUCCAUCACACAGGAUCCAACCAACCCCAACGCCCUCCAUCACACAGGAUCCAACCAAACCCAAUGCCCUCCAUCACACAGGAUCCAACCAACCCCAUCGCCCUCCAUCACACAGGAUCCAACCAACCCCAACACCCUCCAUCACACAGGAUCCAACCAACCCCAACGCCCUCCAUCACACAGGAUCCAACCAAUCCCAACUCCCUCCAUCACACAGGAUCCAACAAACCCCAACACCCUCCAUCACACAGGAUCCAACAAACCCCAACUCCCUCCAUCACACAGGAUCCAACCAACCCCAACGCCCUCCAUCACACAGGCCCCAACCAACGCCCGCCAUCACACAGGAUCCAACCAUCCCCAACUCCCGCCAUCACACAGGAUCCAACCAACCCCAAUGCCCAAUCCAACCCCAACUCCCUCCAUCACACAGGCCUCAACCAACCCCAACUCCCUCCAUCACACAGGCCUCAACCAGCCCCAACUCUAUCCAUCACACAGGCCCCAGCCAACCAACUCCCUCCAUCACACAGGUCCCAUCCAACCUCAACGCCCUCCAUCACACAGGUCCCAUCCAACCUCAACGCCCUCCAUCACACAGGCCCCAACCAACCCCAACAGGCCCCAACACACCCCAACUCCUUAUUCAAUCACACAGACCCCAACCAACGCCCUCCAUCACACAGGAUCCAACCAACCUCAACGCCCUCCAUCACACAGGAUCCAACCAACCCCAUCUCCCUCCAUCACACAGGAUCCAACAGACCCCAACGCCCUCCAUCACACAGGAUCCAACCAACCCCAACUCCCUCCAUCACACAGGAUCCAACCAACCCCAAUGCCCUCCAUCACACAGGAUCCAACCAACCCCAAUGCCCUCCAUCACACAGGAUCCAACCAACCCCAACUCCCUCCAUCACACAGGAUCCAACCAACCCCAACUCCCUCAUCACACAGGAUCCAACCAACCCCAACUCCCUCCAUCACACAGGAUCCAACCAACCCCAACACCCUCCAUCACACAGGAUCCAACCAAUCCCAACUCCCUCCAUCACACAGGAUCCAACCAACCCCAACUCCCUCCAUCCCACAGGCCCCAACCAACGCCCUCCAUGA